UUCUCUUCAGCUUUUCGCGAUACAGGUUCCCCUGCAAAAUUUGUAGAAUGUUUGUCUUGUGGUAGGACUUUCAAUCCAACUGUCCUAGUAGGUGAUGUUUAUUGUUUAUAGCUGUUGUUUUUAAUAGUAUCACAGUUUUAAGUGGAACUACCAGAAGAGGAAGUGAGAAAUUUUAUAACAUUCAGCGAAUAACCAGAAUACUUCAUGUUUGGUUAUAUCUUUCUUUACAGUUUAGUGAACUAUAAUUGGAUAAAUACACAAAUAAAUAAAUUGAUAUUCUUAAAAUCAAUGAAGUGACCGCCUAGCAAGCAGAAGUUAUUUUUUGCCUUGAAUGGAAAAUUCCCGGGGGUGGGGACUCUUGAGUUGUCAAAUCCCCCAGGGUGGGGACGAAAAAAGAGGGCAAAUGCCCCUUCCUCCGUCAACACUGCAACAUUUUUCAUUGAUUGCACAGUCGAGUAGUGCCAUUUUAAGCAUUUUAAUGGGCAAUUUUUUGUUUCAAUUAAAGUUUUCCUUUGUAACAGCACUAGGAUUCUAAUUAAGACUUCACGCCGCGACAACAUGCAACAGUUUAUAAUUUUAGUAUUGAUGUAAAAUUAUUAACUUUAAUAGAGUGCUGUAAAGUUAUAUGUUAUGAAUAGUUUUAUAAAUAUGAAAGGAUGUUUUUCAAAUAAUAUCAACAGAAAUUUGAUUCAAUAACCAAAAAACGUUGAUUCACGUCAAUAGCUCCCCAUUUCGCUAUGUAAUUCUGGCUUGAUAAGCAAUGAAGAAAUGUAUAAAAUCAAGAACAUGCCUUUACAACCCUCUUCAAUUUUUUUCUGUCCUUGACAGAUGAGCCAAUCUGCUUUCUUUCCCAGUACAAUCCUAUGUAUAGUUAUAUUCUGAUAGGAAACCACGUGCGUGUCAAAAGCUCAGGAAUGGCCCCGGGGUUGGCAAAUGCCGGGCCCCUAGGCAGCACAAAAUUUGCUGGGCACAGCUGGAAUUGACUGAUGCAUUACUUUUCCUCCAUAAAUGCUUCCAUUCAAACAGUAGCUUAUGCCAACAGCUGUCUCAGUUUCUAUCUACAUACCCACUUUUUUACCUCACUUUUUUUUUAGCAAAUAGUGAACUCCCUGUCUUGGGUCUUUUCUGGCUUGUGUUAACACUCUGUCAUGCACUUAUCAGCAGCCAUCUCGGGGGAUCAACCCGGCUGGGGACAUAAGCAUAAUAAGGGCAUAGGUUCUAAUCGUGUUAUCUGCAAAGGGGAUAUCCUAUCACAGCAGAUGUAACCAGAUGAAGCUGGAUUUGUUGACAUUUGCUGCCAAUUUUUAGCCCUAGAUUGGGGGGAUUGGAUUGCUUUUGCACUCUUGUAGCCAGAUACCCCAAGGAAAAACCCACGGAAUGUGUAAUACACCUGGUGGAAAAGAACUGGGAAUAAGAAUAGGUAGACCAAAUAAUUCCAAGAUGGUGUGAAUCCCUCCGGAAGGUGGGUCUGGAAGAAGGAAGUAUGAAAAGUAUAAAAUUCCUUACUAUCAAGCAAAUGAAAACAUACCACCUGCCUCUUUUUAGUUUGGUUUUUUCAAAGAGAAUCACACAACCUUUGCUUUUGCUUCACUUUCUACUUGCUAUUUAUCAGAAAUUUACAAAGUGGAAGUCCUUGGAAAUACUGCCCUUUGUGACUUGAGGCUUUAUCUUAACAAACUGUUGCUCCAGGGGAGGGACAUUAGUAGCUUUUUGUGGAGAAUAUUUUUCUUGGGUGAAGGGAAUUGUAAACAUUGUGCAAGUGCUUAGGGAUUGCCCGGGAUUCCCCAGGGAUUGCUGCUGAAAAGUGCAUUACCUUUUUUUCCAAAUUUUUAUUUAAACUCUUUCCUCAUGUAAAACCUCUGCAGGCAGGCAAGCCAUCUUCUUGUGCGACAUGUUAAAGAUUAGAAACAAAGUUGUAAAAUUCUGCAUAAAAGAAUUCCCAAGGCAGUAAAUUUGAAAAGAAUAUCCACGCACAAAGAGUGUAAAUGCAGAUCAUUUUCGUUGCAAAUGCGGCUUUAUGGAGGACAAAAAUCCUUGGAAUGGUUAUUGAAAACCUUCCUUCCACAUCCAUAACAUAUCAAACAGGGCUAGAAAUAAUUUCCUGGCUGGCGCCAGUCAAGUUGUCCGGUCAAACCUAUUUUUGCUUGGACACAACCUGUUUUUGGCCGCACAAAAAUUUGUCUUUCAUUUGGAAUUAUCUGAUGGCACUUUACAGUAAAAUACAUGCGGACUAUUAUAAAAAUACUUUACAAUACUAUACACACUACUCCCGAAUUUGCGGUGACAACUUUAUAGAGGACAAAGCAAUAAGUUUUUAACUUGCAACUCCCGGAAAAUGAAAAACCACUGUUACUGCCCUGCUGCGCUGGGCUUCUGAAAGUUCAACAUAUUUGAGACUUAUCUCUGCUAAUGGGGCUGUUUUUGCCAUAAACUUGCAAAUUUAUCUUGAAACUUCGUUACUGCAAUGAGAAAAUGUCCCAAAACUACCAGCUGCUCCAGAUUAUUAUUGCAAAAAACUGGGCACUGGCUAGUGCAUGCUAUAAAACACUUUGCCAUUGGCGCAUUUCUGAGCUCAUUGUUGUUAAAAGAGCAAAUGAUGAUCUCUUAUAAAAAAAAACCUUGUGCGAGACAAUACCAAGUCCAAAUGAGGUUGCAAAGCAAGCGGGGGUUUUAAGCGCAAAAUCAGCGGUUUUAAAAAGACAGCAUUAGUAGUUGAUGUUUCUGUUGUUGUUGCUAUUGCACAGGCUAACACUCAUCAUCCCCCCCCCCCAAAAAAAAAAUUAAAAAUUGACAAAAUUGCUGUUUUGUUUCAUUAAACACAUUCAUGAAAUCAGUGCAAAACCGAUCGCUUUCUAGUGAAACUUGCCAAGAAAAUUUCUGCGAAAUUGGCUUUAUUUUAAUAAUCGUUUUUCGAGGAAAUUUGUCUCAGAUUUUUCCACAAGAUCGGCUGCUUUUUCCACGAAUUUGUCUCUGAAAAUCCCACGAAAUUUGACUUUUUUCCGCAACCUAUCAGAGGCCCUGUAUUAUGAAUGGUUUACAUUAUGAAAGUUCUUGAUCUGGUUGCCUUUUUCUCUCCCCCCCCCACACGUUUUUGCUUCAUGAAUGUCAGUAAUGUCCAAUCUUGACCAAUCAUACUUAAAAAAGUGAACGUCCGAAUUACAUUAGAAGCGUAAAAGAGCGGACAAAAUGUCCGGCCAUCUAAGAAUUUGACCGGACAAACCUAUUUUUGACCAGACAUUGUCCUUUGACAGGCCGUUAUUUCAAGCCCUGUCAAAUAUGCACAUGUAGCGUCAUUUAUACACUUCUCUAACCGUUUGGAUACUAUGAAUUGCCCUCCCGUCCCCCCUACAAACAAUGUUGGGAUAAACAAACACUUUUAGGACGGGGUAAAGUGUACAGGGAUGCAUAAACUACAACAUUGGUGGGGGGCAAGGGGGAAAGGGAGAAAAAUUUAGACAGAUCGUGUUAAUUGUCCUAAGAAUUUUGACUUCCAUUGUUGGUGGUGAAAUUUGCUCGUCUGACAUAAUCUUGCAUUAAGGGCCAUUCCUUUAUGACAUUUGUGCUCCAGAAACAAGUUUGCAAGAGAAGUGUGUUUUAUUGAAGCUCAAUUUUAAAACACAUCUCUGUGAAAAGCUUGUGUGUAUUUUGACUAAUAUUGAUAAUGAUGACAGUAAUAAUAAUUUAAUAAUGUACAUCUUACUGAUAGUGCUAACAAUCAAGCAAUCAGGGAUAACAUCACUUAUUGUAACUGUCUAUAGGGGGAGAUCUCAUUUCUUAACUAAAAGUACCAUAUGAUGUUUAUUUAUAGUUGUAUCUUAUUGAUGUUCUUGCCUCUGUAGGGGCGACAUGAGAAAGUUUGUCAAGGGCAAAAACAAAGAAAGCCAUUUGAUUCAUCUAAGCAGAGAACUGCAGAACUCUCUAAAGAUUUUAAAAAGAAAUCUGCAAAAGUUGAGUCUGAGUUACAAUCUCGGGCAAAGAAGGUAAUCAACUCAGGGUAACUUUCUCUUAAAACUGUUUUUAAUACUGGUCUUGAUAUCCAGAGUAUUUUGCACCAGCCAGGACACCAAACUAAUCACUGGAUGUCCAGUUCUCAAUUCCCCACAUGGUACAUUCAGUUUUGCUGAAAAAAGCCUUUUGAAGUUAGGUAAGCUGUUUUGUGGUCACUGUCUGGGUAUAAUUAGCUGAAACUGCCCAAAACAAUGUUAUAGGUGUGUGAGCACCUCUGCUCCAUUCUGGUAUGUUUUGAAACAUCUCUUUCUCCUGCACAAGUUAGAUGACUAAGUUAUCCUUGACCAUUAAAACUGAUGAUGUCACAAGUGUUAGAAAAACUAGAAUGGAUUUAUGUGGAUUUGCAAGGGUGUUUAUGGGCAGGUUUUGGGGAGAAUGGGUUAAAGGUAUUUUACCAGUUAUUAGACAAUCAUGGCAAAAGGCCUUUAAUGGUCAAGUUUAUACUAGAGAAAGAUUGUCCAUCUAAGACGAAAAAUAUCAGUGCGAGACUGAUAAAUCGUCUAGACAUAAAUCCAGUGUCAAGAUAAAUUUUGUCCCCAAAUUAGUCUUGUCUGUCAGUACAUCUGUAAGAUGUGGUGGCAGAAGUCAGUCAAGUGCAGACAAAUUUUAGGGCCAAAAUUCGUCUGGACACCUAGACAAAUUAUCCAUCUCAGACAGAUAAUUCAUCUUAGACGGAUAAUAAAUUGUCCCUAGUAUAAUUCAGCCAAUAGUUUGAUCGUGGGACCUAUGCAGUUGUGACAGCCUUUUUGCAUAGUUAGAAUGUGUACGUGCAUGUUACAAAUGUUUGUAUUCAGAGAGGUAUGGUGUGGGCAUGUCUUCUUAUUGUUUUGUUGUUGAUGUUGUUUUAUACCUGGAAUGAUUCCCCUUUUAGUCAAACUGGAGAGACAAACAUGAAGAGUUUAUUAGCAACAUCCGAGCUGCAAGGAAUGUGACUGUUGCUCAAAAAACUGGAGGACCUCUUCCACCCCCUCCACCACCAGCUGCAAAUCCAGAUUAUGUCCAGUGUCCUCACUGCAGUCGGCGAUUCAAUGAACAUGCUGCUGAGAGACAUAUCCCAUUUUGUAAAGAACAAAAAAGCCGCAUUGCUAACACUUCUUCAGCAAAAUCCUCAAGUCUGGCUAAACGAACACAGGUAUGAGAAAAUUAGUGUAGUUUAUUAACAUUUAAGACUUCUUCAAACAACUUAGGAACUUACAGUACUAUUGGGGUGUACAAUCAAACCCUAAGUAACAGUGUGGUAAACAAUAUCAUAUGUUGGCCUUGACGCCUGAGGUAAAAUAAGCUGUCACUAGAACCUUAGUAUUAGGUCAUCAAUCACUUCACAGCAGUGACUAUUUGUUUUCUCAAAGCAGAAAAUUCUUUUUAAAUGACUUUUAAACAAUCCUCAUAUAACUACCCAUGGUAUAAAAUAAUGCAAUUUUGUUUAGGUGUGUGCCAUCCAAUUAAGUGGUGAUGUUAUUGGUCAUCUGUCAAACUGCACCAAGUUUGCACUAACGUGCACCAAUCUGCACCAAACUGCACUAAGCCAUGAUGUUAUUGGCUAUGAAGACUUGUAAUGUCAUUAGUACGUUUCGAUCCAUCUAUUUCCACAGUUAAACUGUCGCUUACUGUUAGUCAAAACCAACUACAGGAGAACGACUGAACAACUGACAGUUUGACCAACAGUAAAAGGCUGUUAAACUGUGAAAAUAGAUGGAUCGAAAUGCACCAAUUACAUUACGAGUCUUCAUAGCCAACAACUUCAGGGCUUACUGGUAACUGACAGAUGACCAAUAACAUCGCGGCUUAAUUGACCAAUCCGGAUAACGUGAUACAACUGCACGAAUCGGCACCAAAUUGCACCAAACUGCACCAAUCUGCACAAAAGGGCACCAAGUUGCACCAGUCUGCACCAUGUUGCACCAAACUGCACCAAUUUGCGCCAACGUACAGUAAACCAACAUUCAGCAAACUGCAACAAUCUGCACCACAUUGCACCAUUGAGCACCAAAGUGCACCAAUGUGUACCCAACUACACCGAUCUGCACCAAACUACACCAACCUGCAGCAAAAUGCACCACUCUGCACCAAAUUACACCAAGUUGCACCACACUGCACCAAUCUGCACAAAGUUGCACCAAACUGCACCAGUCUUCACCAAAUUGCACCAAACUGCACCAAUCUGCACAAAAGGGCACCAAGUUGCACCAAACUGCACCAAGUUUGCACUAAAGUGCACCAAACUGCACCAAACUGCACCAAGUUUGCAAUCUGUGCCAAAGUGCCAACAUUCAAAACUGCACCAACUUGCACCAAUCUGUGCCAAAUGUAAAACUAACCAACAUUCAACAACACCAGCUGCACCAAACUGCACCAGUUGCACCAAAUUGCACCAAAUUGCAUGCACACCAACUACACCAAUCUGCAAUCUGCAACUCGCACUGCACCAGCAUGCAAGUCAAAACUGCACCAAUCUGUGCCAAAGUAAAGUAAACCAACAUUCAGCAAACUGCACCAAUCUGCACCAAGUUGCACCAAAGUGCACCAAUAUGCACCCAACUACACCAAUCUGCACCAAACUACACCAGCAUGCAGCAAACUGCACCAGUCUGCACCAAAUUGCACCAAUCUGCACAAAGUUGCACCAGACUACACCAAAGGGCAGGAAACUGCACCAAGUUGCAUCAAUCUGCACUAAGUCGCACUAAACUGCACCAGUCUUCACCAAGUCGCACUAAACUGCACGAAUCUGCGCCAAAUUGGACCAUACUGCACCAAUUUGCAUCAAUCUGCACCAAACUCUACCAAGUUUCUCCAAACUGCACCAAGUUGAACCAAUCUGCACCAUGUUGCACCAAACUGCACCAAUAUGCGCCAAUGUGCGGUAAACCAACAUUCAGUAAAUUGUACCAAUCUGCACCACAUUCCACAAAUCUACACCAAGUUGCAUCAACGUGCACCCAACUACGCCAAUCUGCACGAAACUACAACAACAUGUAGCAAACUGCACCAGUCUGCACCAAAUUACACCAAGUUGCACCAAACUGCACCAAUCUGCACCAAGUUGGACCAAUCUACACUAAGUUGCACCAAAUUGCAGCAAACUGCACCAAGUUGUAUCAAACUGCAGCAGUCUGCACCAAGUUCCACCAAACUGCACCAAUCUCCACCAAAGGGCACCAAGUUGCUCCAAACUGCACCAAGUUGCACCAUGUUGCACCACAUUGCACCAAUCUGCACCAAGUUGCACCAAUGUGCACCCAACUACACCGAUCUGCACUAAACUACACCAAAAUGCAGCAAACUGCACCAGUCUGCACUAAAUUACACCAAGUUGCACCAGUAUGCACAAAGUUGCACCAGACUACAGCAAAGAGCAGCAAACUGCACUAGUCUGCACCAAGUUUCCCCUAGUUGCACUUAACUGCCCGAAUCUGCACGAAUCUGCACCAAACUGCACCAAUCUGCACAAAAGGGCCCUAAGUUGCACCAAUCUGCACCAAACUUCACGAAGUUGUUCCAAACUGCACCAAGUUGCAUCAAUCUGCACCAAAGUAAAGUAAACCAACAUUCAGCAAAUUGCACCAAUCUGCACCAAUGUGCAUCCAACUACACCAAUGUGCACCAAACUACACCAACAUGCAGCAAACAGCACCAGUCUGCAUCAAAUUACACCAAGUUGCACCAAACUGCAUCAAUCUGUACAAAGUUGCACCAGACUACACCAAAGAGCAGGAAACUGCACCAAUCUGCCCCAAGUUGCACCAAACUGCACCAAUCUGCACCAAGUUACACCAAUCUGCACUAAGUUGCACCAAUUGCACCAAUCUUCACCAAGCUGCACUAAACUGCAGAAAUCUGCACCAAAUUGCACCAAGUUUGCACCAAAGUGCACCAAUGUGCAGCAAACUCCACCAAGUUCACCAAUCUGCACCAUGUUGCUCCAAUCUGCACCAAUCUGUGCCAAUGUGCAGUAAACCAACAUUGCAGCAACCUGCACCGAGUUGCAGCAAUGUGCACCAAAGUGCACCAAUCUGCGCCAAUGUGCACCCAACAACGCCAAUCUGCACCAAACUACAACAUGUAGGAAACUGCACCAGUCUGCAUGAAAUUACACCAAGUUGGACCAAUCUGCACUAAGUUGCACCAAUCGGCACCAAAUUGCAGCAAACUGCACCAAGUUGUAUCAAACUGCGCGAGUCUGCACCAAGUUCCACCAAACUGCACCAAUCUGCACUAAAGGGCACCAAGUCUGCACCAAGUUGCACCAACUGCACCAAUCCGCACUAAGUUGCAGCAAACUACACCAAAGGACAACAAACUGCACCAAGUUGCACCAAUCUGAACCAACCUGCACUAAACUGCACCAAUCUGCACCAAAGUGCCAUGCACCAACAUUCAGCAAACUGCACCAAUCUGCAGUACAUUGCACCAAGUUGCACCAAUCUGCAACAAAGUGCACCAAUCUGCACCAAUUUGUACCCAACAACACCAAAAUGCAGCAAACUGCACCAAUAUGCACCAAAUUACACCAAGUUGCAUCAAACUGGACCAGUCUGCACAAAGUUGCACCAGACUACACCAAAGGGCAGCAGACUCCACCAAGUUGCACCAAACUGCACCAAGUUGUACCAAACUACACCAGUCUCCAGCAUGUUGCCCCAAGCUGCACCAAACUACAUCAAUCUGCACCAAGUUACACCAAACUGCGCCAAGUUGCACUAAAGUGCACCAAUGUGUACCAAGUUGCACCAAUCUGCACUAAGUUGUUGUUGUGAUACUUAUUAUUGGGUACUUGUCGUCCGAUCCUACAUUUCAAGUUCAUUACAAAGUGCGACAGCUUAUUUUAGUACAAAGUGCGACAAGUGUUAUAACAGAGUACGACAGAGAAAUGUAUUGUUAGCGCGGCCAUAUGUUAGCAUUUUCCAGCCUUUAACAUAUGUUAUUCAUACGCUAAAUACGGCGAUGUUUUCAAAACGUUGGCAUUUUAUUCGGCUUUUGAACGUUAGUACGCUUAAUACGGCCAUGUUCUAUGUACGUUGGUAUUUUAUUUGGUCUUAGUGCUAGUACGCUUAGUACGACCAUGUUCUAUGAAUGUUGGUAUUUUAUUGGGUUUAGUACGCUCGCUAGUUCGCUUAGUACAGCCAUGUUCUUGUAUGUUAGUAUUUUAUUCAGUCUUAGUACGUCAGCACGGCCGUGUUCUAUGUAUGUUGUUAUUUUAUUUGGUCUUAGUACAGCCAUGUUCUAUGUAUAUUUUGGUAUUUUGGCGGGGUAUUAGUACGUUAGUACAAAUGGUACGGCCAUAUUCUUUUUAUGUUGGUAUUUUAUUUGGUCUUUAGUACAUUGAUACGCUUAGUACGGCCAUGUUCCAUGUACCAUAUUUCCUUGAAUAAUAAUGCACCAGUCAAUUGAAACCCCCACCCCCCGGGUCCCGGGAAAGGGUGGGGGAUUUGACAUAGGCUCUGGUCAAAAGGCAUCAAUAUCCCUACCCUCUGAGGCUGGAGUUCAGAUCAAACGCCACUACCCCUGGGGCAAGAAAGCUGAUACUAUCAAAAGUUCUAAGAAAAGAACGUGCAAGACCUACAUUUACAUGGGAAAAUUUAAUAAUGUUCUUCUUCCAGGUUUGUGCAGCUUUGAUUAAAAUGCUAAUCACACUCUCAUACAGUUUGUUCAACUAUUAAACGAAGGAAAAGCAUGCUGUAUUUCAUUAUUGGUCAUGACCAUCUCAUUACAUGUAUUUAAUAGACUGCAAAUUAGUGAAAUUUGAAAUACACUGUAUAUAUUAUCACACAAACUCCGUUUAUUUGGCUCAAGUUCAGUUUUUUAGAAAUUUAAUACCUUAAACUGUCUACUGAGGUGAAUUCUCCAUGGCUGCAACCUUGCACUGUGCGCAAAUCCACUCUCCACUUGGUGCUGUUGAAAGCCCCACACACUGAAAAUGGAACCACUCUAUGGGACAGUCUUUAUGUUCACAGGCAAUCAUGUCUCCACACUCUGGCCCUCCACAAAUACACCACGAGUCAGUGUAAAAUGGGGUUGACAGGCCUACACGACUCCCCAGCGCGUGUUUAAAACAGCCUUUCUAUAGUUUGGCUCUCACGAGUAUGUCUUUGAGCGACCGCCCUCUUUUAUAAGAUACGAGGGGCGGUUUUUUGUAGAUUUCGCUCAGUAAUGGUUGUUGCUCUAUUAAAUGCCAGUUUUUCAUGAGAAUUUGCUUUAGGUUUGGCACUGAUGGUUGGUAUUGUGUGACAAAAGGCAAGAUUCGUUGGUUUGUCUUUGGUUUCUGUUGAAGGUAAGAUACGAGGGGCGGUUUUUUGUAGAAAUUUGAAAUUUAUUCACAAAAUUCACAAUAUGAACACUAUAAUUGGAGUAUCAAAAGAUUCAACUUCAUUUUUCUUAUUUAAAAUUAAAGUAAAUAUUCAAGACAUACUGUCAGAAGAACAGCUUCUUUAGUAGACAAGUAUUAAAAUAUUUGGUCAUUGUAAUAUAUAUUCUUAGUCAAUUAUAGUACUUCAUUUAUAAGGUAUCUGCACCUUAAAGUAAAUGUGAUGCACAAUUUGCUAUCACAUGUGAAAUAUAGACCACAUUUUUUCAGAUUUUUGUUUUAUCCUACUAUUAUUUGGCAAGAAUAAUAAUCAAACAAAUGACAAGUUUGUUUACCUUUAACACUUCCCUUCUCAUUUCUUGUUGUGUGCAGGGAAUCUUUGGGCUGUGCAAAAAAAAAAAGCAAAAACAAUUAGGGUUUGCAAACAGAUCAGUUCCAAAAACUUUUUCAAAAACUAAAGUAUUAUAAACAUAAAUCAGUGCAGACAUACCUGAUCGACGGAUGUAGGUUGUGAAACAUUUGGAGGUGGCUUCGACUGCAAAACAUGCACUUGGAUUUUAUCCUUGUGUUCAAUGUUUUGAACGGUAACAUCGACCCACUCCCCCCAGUCUUCUUCAUACUUUUGGAAAAUUAUCCGUGCUUCACUGUCCAGGCUAAAACACUCUUUAACUUUUACAGCAACAUCUUCAUUUUGAUGAAGGUCAAGAACCUUACGGCUUUCUUCGUAUUGAAAUAAAACCUGUAGGAAAUCAAAGAAGAGAACAGCUCAUGACCUGACCUUUCCGCAUCAUUACCCAUGCAUACCAUUUGAAUUUCAAUGGAAAUUAAAUGUAAAUAAUACAUCCAAACAAUAGAAAACAAAUUACUUGAUUCAGAUUGAAUAUCAAUUGCAGUGGAUGGUAAAGUAAAAGCAUGAUAUGCGUGGAUUCAAACCACUGUUACGUACCUUUCUUUCGCCUUCCGCCAUCUUGGAAGUUCCAUGUGAAGUACUAGUGCCCAGUUCCACUCUUGCCCGAGGUGGGGACGGGAACCGCGGUCGAAAACAGUCAAAUGCACCACCCCCAGGGGACAGCUUGUUGUUCAAAAGUGAUUCGAUGCCCCUAUUUUCCCCCACCCUUCCCCGGGACCUGGGGGGUGGGGGUUUCAAUUGACUGGUGCAUAAGCGGGGCGAUUAUUUACUUUUUCGCAUCAAAAGGGAGCGGAUGAUUAUUCGAGGGAGGCGAUUAUUUCAAAUAUUGGUCACUAGAAGUGGUGCCCUAAAUAUUUUGUUUUAUUAUCCCGAUAAAUAAAAAAAUUAUCACAUCAAAUAAACUGAACAUGGGCUUUUAAAGUGUUCCAAAUUUGGUUCCUUGAUUAAUUUUUAGAGCUUGAAUUGUCACUGAUCAGUUUUGGUAGAUCAGAUUCCACUUCAACUUGACAGAGACGGGAUAAAAGAAACAGAAGGUGGCGAGAGGGGUGGCGGGGGGGGGCAAUUAUCUUAAAUAUUACCAUCAAAGGGGAGUGAUUAUUCAAUGGAGGCGAUUAAUCGAGGGACAGCUGUUGUUCGAGGAAAUACGUCAUGUUGGUUUUUUAUUCGGUCUUAGUAUUUUGGUAGCUUAGUGCAGCCAUGUUCUAUUUAUGGUGGUAUUUUAUUCGGUCUUAGUAUGUUGGUACGAAUAGUACGGCCACGUUCUAUGUAUGUUAGUAUGUUUUUUUGGUCGCUUAGUACGGCCAUCUUCUACGGUGUAUGUUGGUAUUUUAUUCCACCCUAGUCACGUUAGUACCCUUAGUACGGCCAUGUUCUAUGUAUGUUGGUAUUUUAUUCCGCCUUAGUCAUGUUAGUACGGCCAGUAUGGCCGUGUUCUAUGUUCAGUGUUCUAUUCGGUCUUAGUACAUUAGUACGCUUAGUACAGCCAUGUUCCACGUUUGUUGCCAUUUUAUUCCGCCUUAUAAUUACCUUGAUAAGCCAAUUAUAGAUAUGGUCAAGAGUUCUGGAUGUUGCAAAAAAAUCAGCUCGGAAUCCAGCUCUAAUCAAUAACCGUACGUUAUGUCCAUUCUGGUUUUUAAUAGUAAAUUAACAAUUAUGCCCAUGUCAGCAAGCCAUGUAAGUUGUCAGCCUAAAAAUGCGUCCAUCUCACAGUCGUAAUCGAAUUACUAAAAAAAAUAAAGCAAGUUCAUUCCUAAACAUUUUGCUUACCCAAAACGAGUUGGAAUGACAAUUGUUAUGGCAAUAUUGUUGAAACAGUGCCAAUCAAUGUUGUAAGUUUGUUUUAAUGCUAUUUUACGCUAAAACUUGUCUUUUUAAAUAAUGUACCUGGUAACAUUGCCUUGACUGAGCAAUCAGAUGUUGCGAUAACAGUAGCUGUUGAGUGAUCAGGAUCCACUGCGUUAACAAACUGUCGUACUUUUUCACUUGGGGAUUAAUAACAAAGUGUGUUGUAUUUUUUAGUAUAAACCACCACUUCCUGGCAAGAAGAGCAGCACAGCAGCAGCCAUGCCCAUAUCAUCAGCAGCAAAAUCCAGACUGACAUCUUCAAAGACAACAUCUGAAUAUUCAUCUCCUGGUCUAAGUACUGGUGAGAAAUAUUGAUUUAUGUGAAAUUCCUAACAAGACCUUUCCCAAAAACUAAACAACAAUUUUCAAGGACCAGCUUCCAGAGGAAUAACACAUUAAAUAACUUGUUUAAGCAAAAAGUUUGAAAAAAAAUGUAUAUUUUGGGGCUUAACUGUUCAAGAGGCAGAGGCCUAUGAAACAGUUCCUCUAAACAGUUGCCUGAUAAGUGUGUUAAAUUGAUGGACAUGGUUGAAUGACUGAAUGAUAUAAUUUAACUUAGGACAUAGUAGGGCUGAUUAAACCCGUAGCUAAGAAAAUAGCUACAAUCAGUUACAAUAUUAGUUGAGAUACUUCCUAAAGGGCCUCUCGGAUGUUUGAUACCUUCAAAAGGGGAAAAUGAAGCUUUCCUCUCCCCCCACUAGCCUGUUCCAGACGUUCAGAUCAUGGGGACAACGCGAAGAGAUUCACACUGCACUCUACUAUCUGAACACCUGGAACAGUUUAUCCCUCAACUCUUCCAUGCAAUGUUGUGCCGCUGUUCAAUCUUCCUGAAGGAAACAAUAUACACGACAACUUUGAAUGGAGGGGGAAAUAGAGGGGUGUGGAUUGUUUUAUUCUCUGAAAUUACCAAAUUUUAGGACAGUGACUCGAGAGUUUUAUUGCCAGUUGUUGGAAUUUUUUGCCAAAAAUUAUUUGUCAUUUUCAAUUUAUGCACAGGUGUAAGUCUUGGAUCAGGUCAUGGCAGACAACCUCUGGCAUCACCGAGUGCUCGGAGAAAACAGGCAAGAAGUAACAGUCCUGCAUCAUAUGGUAAGGUCCAUAACUCACCUUCAGCACAGAGAAACAGAGAAAUUAAUGGAACAAGAAGUAAGCAGAAAAAAAAAGUAACUAAAGGAGCUGUUUCUUGAAAUUUACAAAAGGCAAACAAUGAGAGCGGCCACAAACUGAAUGGAACAAAAAAUAACAUUGACUUGCCCCUGUAAAUCUUGCCGAAAAACGCGUUUUGAAGCUUGUUGAUUGGUGUUCUGGUCACUUCCUUACUAAAAAGAACUAAAACUUACCACAAAACCAUUUACAGGUCGUUCGCUAAUGUGGCCUUCUGAUCUAGAUGCAAAAUAUUAGCUUGCGGAGUUUGGGCAUGGGCAGAAAGCUAAAUUUUGAGAUAAGUUUUGGGUUUAAUAGUGACACAUUUACAGCAGUCUUGAUUUUUACUUUACUUUCCGCUAUCUCUCGGGUUGAUCCUUCCCACUUUUUUCACUUUUCUUACCCCUUUUUGUUUUUUUGUUUGCUGGGCAUUUAGUAGGAUUAUCUUAGAAUUGUGUGAAAGGAAAGGUAGGUGGGUAGUGGAACAUGAUUUCAUGGAAAUUUUCAGGUCAAUGUCAAUGUUGUCUUGACUGAAUCGUGCUCAUUCUGGUAUGGAUAGAGAGAUCUCUUCACUCUGCACAAGUUAGCAGGCAAAACUGUCCUUGACCUUGAAAAAUGAUGAAUCCUGCCUAAGUCUUAAGUCCUAAGUUUAGGGUGAUGAUGGAGUUCACAACAAUGGGAGUGAGCUAUGGAACUGGUAUCGGAAGAGAUCCCACUGCGGGAUGCCAUAAGUGGGGGAAAAGGGAAACUGGCAGGCCUCUCUGCUGAGAAACUGGAAGAAAAGAAUGCAACAGUAAAGAGUAAAUUAAUAAAUUAUCAACCGAUGAACCAACGGGAACAGAAUCAAAACUAUUUACAGAAUAUGUGGCUGGACUAGGAGGCCUAACAAUGGCGAAACCCGCCUUUUGACUGUGAUAGAGACUGGGAAUGGUGGCGGGGGGCAACGGAUGCGUGGAUGGUCCAGCAGAGGAGUCACGAAACCUGCAGCAAGCAAAGGGCCGUUCCAAGAGUGGCUCUGCUGGCUGGACUGAGGGUUACCAGUAGACACUGGAGGCUCUGCCGGUGCUAUGGCAAAAAAUGUUGUGGAACCUGAUGAGCUGUGUGAAAAUUAUAGAGAUCUGGAUUGAUGCAAGACCAGUCCGUGCAUUCUGUAGCUGACAUUCUUUCCUGAACGCUAUGUUGCACUGGAGCCAAGACUUGUGAGAGAAGCGUUUUGCUAUGUGAAUCUACUCUUUCCGGCAAGAAGGGAAUGAAACACUGAUGCAACGGAUGGUGAAGGCCUUUUCCCAUGGGAUGCCUGAAAUCAAUAGUUUUCCCUCCAAAAACGUGUGGGCCUGGAUCUCUUGAGCAUUUAUAUUGUAAUAAGGUAAUAAAUCUGCCAGGUAUACAAAGAGCUUCCCCUUUCCCCCCCUCCCUGUAAUUAUUUUCACCAGCUUGUAUGGGACUGGAGCGUACCCUGGUCCUACCACGAACACUCUGAAGGGAGGGAGUGCAGAGGAAUCAACUACGAGCCUGUUACAAGAGCCCCCAAGUGCAAUAGACAAAUUGUUGAUGGAAGUGGCGGGAAGAUGGAAAACUAAAGAAGUCUUAAGUCUUAGGUGGAAAUAAGCGAGGGAACAACAAGAGUACCUGCCAUUGUGUAGGAUGUGACAAAGCUCAUGGAUGAUGACGACUGCGUUGAAGAAGUUGAGGCAAUUACAGCCAAAGGUCUCGCCAUUUGCGGGGCAAAGAGAUGAUUUAUCUUCUUCCUCUAUUCUUUUAUAACCUUAAGCAAGCAUCCAGGUAACUUGUGGCGGGCAAUUUGUUCUGGCACGUCAUCAUUGUUAUCGCUUCCAAUUUCUGGCACCAAAUCUUUGUUGGUACCUCUGUCAAUUUAUGUUUCUAUUGGACCUGCUGACUACUUUCAUUUAGUGUGAUACCAUCAAGAAUAUCCUUGCUCAUAUUGAAAAAAGUGGGAAACAAAGUUUUCAGAAUUCAUGGUUCACAGUUUCAGUACCUCAUCAGUUGAACUAUAGGCAGUCUUGCGUGAAGACUACUUCAGAUACUGUUCAUGCCUUCAUGAACAACUGCAUUAAUUUUGUGACAAUUAACAUGUUCUUCUUCCCCAGUUGUUACAAAAUUAAUACAGAGCCGUUGUAGAAGAUUACUUUCCUCUUUGUAGCCUGGGUGUUGGCGUGUCUUCUGUGAAAGUAAAACGAGACAGAAAAAUCACAUUUGGGGGUGGCUCUGAGUUGCAAAAGCCAUUGGGUAGUGUGGGGAAUUUAUGCGUUGUUGUAUUGCUACGAGUCAGAGAAGGUCACACCAUGACGUGUACAGCUUCCAGCAAGCUCUCCUUGUAGUUGUUUAGCUUGGCUAUUUCUUGUUGGGGUAGGGGUACUUGACUUGGCUUAGCGAUAUAUAGAUGGCAUAUUCUCAAAGAUAAUGAAAUCUUGUGGAAUUUUGUAAUUUGAUUCUGGGCAAGUAUAAAACAAGAAGGGGAUAAGAUUCAUAAUUUUCUUCAUAAUAAACUUCAACCCUAAUAGACGGAAAAUUUAUUGCAAAGUGUAGACAACCCACUUAUUAAAUCUUAAUUAUGAACUCCCAAGUCCCGCGCGAGAUUCUCAUUUGCUACUGUACUUGUUGUUAAUGCCUUCGAAAUACGUUUAAGCUCAAUCUCCGGAACAGAGAGUUCAGUAAUGGUGUCUCUCAGUGAUUGACCAGUCAUCUGCAAGGAGUCAGGGGCUUCUCUUGAUGAUUUACCGAGAGAUCAUCCAAACACUUGCUAGAAAAACCCAACAAGUGAUGAUUUGCAGUAAAAUUGUACUGCACUGUGUGAAAGGCAAUGCACUAGCAGCUUCCAUGUUCGUCUCAUCGCAGUGUACUCCAAAGUCAUUAUGCUAUUGAUGAGGCUGUUUUUAUUAUUAUUUUUUUUGUUUGUGCGGAAUGAAGAGUCUUUACUCUGGUUUAUAGGAUAAAUAGCAUUUGCAUUCUUUGUCGCAGACAAAAAGAGUGGUGCAUGAAUUACCGUCAGUGAUGAUUGAUCUCGGCAAAUGCCAUUGCCAGUAAAAAUGUUUACUUGUACCUCUCUGAAAUCUGUAUGAUGAUGUAAGAUGUUAGGUGUAGAGGGUAGACUAGUGCAGGCCCAAGCUAUAAUGUUUGCCUUACUAGAUGGUGUUCCUCAACAUAUGCAAUGUGUUAGAUUGUUAGUGCCUUCCUUAUUUGGGACUUUAAGAUCCGAUGACGCGAUGGCGAUGAGAACGUCAAACGAAAUUGCCUAAUUUUACAUUUUAUGUAGAACGUAAACAAGCGACGACGAAAUUUUAUUCUCAUUCUGAAUUUAGAUAAUGUCCCCAAGAUUUCAACUCCAGAAGGAUUCACCUAUAUUAGACCUAGUAAGCAAGUUAGAAUGAUCGUGAUUAAGACUGGAAGAACGCAAAUUGAUCUUUUAAGCGACUUUUUCGCCGCCAUCGCGUCCUAGGAUCUUGACAUUCGUAUUGUCUUUUGAAAGUAGCCAUUUCUCCAGGGACAAAGGACGGGGCAACAUACUCCUGCCAUCAUGCACGUUAAAAAAACAACAACAAACAAAAUCACUUAUUCAUCUCCCCGACUCCCAGCAUUUUAUUUUAUCCCUCCUCCCAGCUCUUUAGCAAAGAUUUCUCCCGCUCCCUACCUGUUUUGGUGAUUUCUCCGUCGUCCUUAUUCUGUUCCUCCCCAAUGUGACUGCUGACUGAGCAGCCAGCCUUGCUCAGUGUGGUUAUUAAUCAGAGCUGUGUUUGAAAACUGAAUGGUCACCCAUUCACAAUUUUUUGAAAAAAUUUACCUGGUAUUCUCAACUACAUUAUUAUGGAUUGGCUUUGAUUACGGGUGAUGUAACUUAUAUUAUGUAUCAGUCACAAGUAAUUUACCAGAACAUUUCUGUUUGGGCUCCUCAAAAUCCUGCACCUUUUUAGCAAGUCAGUACCAUCAUUGACUUAGAGCAGUUUGAGAUAAAAGACCAAGGCUAUGUUCAUACUAUACUGGAUAGCUUUUUGUGGCAUCACGAAAAGCUACUGAUCUGCUAUAAUAUGAACACCUAUCCGAUAUGUGACUCUCCGCUUUAGAGAUUGGCGCAGCGUAACUUUGCUUGCUGUCACAGAAAUCGCACCUCCAUAACUAUGUUUGUGUCUGAACAGAAGCCCAAUCCUGUAUGAUUUUCGUGGCAGGGCAAAAGCUGUCAGUUAUGGUGUGCACAGAGCUUAAAUCUUUGGUGAUAGGAAAACUUGAAAGAGUACCCUGUUACAAAAAUAGUAUCUUAUAGGGCAUAAUGUUUUCUUGCAGGAACAUUUUAUGGCAGAACAAGAAGUAAUGAAAGGCUGAAUAGUGAUCUGUUUGAUUCUGAUGAAGAAACAUCACCUGCAGUACAAACAAGAGAGGCUAGAUAUGGACGCAGAUCCAGCCAAUCAAAUGGCACCACUGGUAAUAAGAGUGGAGCGAGGGUGGGGUCUGGUUCAAGAUAUUCACGGCCCACAUCAGACUACUCAGACACGUCUGAUAGAAUGUCAUCAUCCUCAUCAUCAGGUCGAAAAAACAGGUAAAAACACAAAUUACACGCUUUUACAAGUUUUUCGCAUGCACCCUCUUUCCAAAUUUCAUCACUCAAAAAGACGUGAACAAUUCUUCAGUUAUUUAAGCCAUUCACCUUUUAACUGCCUUUAACUGCUCAUGCGUAUCCACGUCCCUUGUACCCGCUUGUGACAUCUUUAGUUUUAACGAUCUUAGACAACUUUCACGUAUUAACAUGUGCAUAGGGGGAAGAUCUUUCAAACCAUACCCAAAUGUGCACGAUUACGUCGAACAUAGAGGGAGGCAGCGUGACCGAGUGGUCAGCUCGUCGGACUCGCAAUCCGGCGGUCCCGGGUUCGAGUCCCGCUCUGGCCACUUGCUGGAUUUGUUCUCGGUCGUCCCGAGUUCAAAUCCUCAGCCACGCUUGUAAAAUAGCCAAUUGGUUGCCUCCUGCCAGUUGGGGUUUUUAAUCCUGUUAUUUGUUUUCUAAGUAUUUGCUGAUUGUAAAGCGCUUUGGAUCACUAAGAGAAAGGCGCUAUAUAUUAUUACAUGCCGGAGGAAAACGUUAAAAAAAAUCGUGAAGUUGACCAGAAAAUUCCAAUGAAAAUCCAAUCCUGCUACCCACCUGCACCUUAUUCCAUCUAUUCCUACGAUCCUAAGAGUUUCCCCAAAUACCGUAAAUCCUCUAUUGAGGCCCCCGGGGCUUAUUUAUUUCAAACACAUUUAAGGGGGAGGCUUAUUUGAUUUCGCACAGACAAUGGUAUCAGUUCACCAUAAAGACGUAGAGUGCAAAGUGGAAAAUCUCAAGAAUGAGAAGUUGGAGGUAAUGCAACUGAGGAUCCAAAGUUAAUCAAAACUUCCAGCUGCUGAAAAAAGCAUCCUAAGUCCACACGAAGUUUAACAUUCGUGAUUGAUUAAUACAGCCUAUCAUUUAUUAGUGAAUAAUAAGAAGAAGGAGGGGAGGCGGGGCUUAAAAGAGAGGGGGGGGCUUAUUACCUUUCUUCCUCUGAAAAGGGAGGGCUUAUUAGAGAGGGGGGUUUAAUAGAGGGUUUACGGUACGUUUCUAACCGAAAUAAAGCCUAGUAAAUGUCCAGCAAAAGGAAACAACAGAGCGAAAAGUACACAUGCCCAAACUUUGGAAGCUGUUAGUUUGGGCAGUUGUGGUUCGUUCUGGCUGGAAAGCGAGGAGUGAAUCGGUUAAGGUUUCCAUCCAAUGUUAUUAAUAAUGUUGUUGAUUGAUACUUGAAAUAAACUUGAAAUAACAGAUUGAGGUAAAGACAUGGUUGACAGGCAAAGGCAAUUCUCAUGUCUGUCCAGGACUGCAGUAACAGAAUAUGAUAAUACUCCCGAGUUACCAGGAUUCGUACAAACCAGUUACCACUAGUAUGAAGGCCCCAGUAAAGGAUCCCAUGGCAGGAAUAUCUUAUUUAUUUACCGAUUUUAUGACAUACACCCUUGAAAUUAGCCCAUUCACUUCACAACCACCCAUAACCCCUUGCCUUGCUUAGAUCCAUUUCCUUUGUGCCCCUUGUGAUAUCAGCAAUUAUUUAAAAUCAUCAUGGACAAAAUUAAUUUAACUUCUGCAAGAGGGCAAGAUUUGAACCAUACACAAAUAAGUACAAUUCAUUCAGACAGGUAAGAGAAAAGUAAGUAAAAUGAACAUCACAAACUGUUGACCAGAAAAUUCCGAUAAAAAGCCAACUUAUUGGUUGACUUGUAAUCAACAUUCUUGGCAGUUUCCCAUAAUUAUUUGGCCAAAUAGUGACCAGAAAAUAUGUCAAUUAGCUUAAAAUGGAAUUUUUGUGAGCAAAAUUUCUAGGGGUUAAUGGGUUAAAGACAUCCCCAACACUUUGAAUUGACAUUCUAAAGGAUUUAGGCUCCAGAACCACACAAAUGGAUAGACUCCUGCUAAGAGAUUCAAACAAAACCAACACCCUUUUAACUGGUGACCAAUUUUUAACAUUGAUUUUCUACAUAGGCACAUUGCAAUAAGAGAUCCAAGCCCAACCCUGUUUGAUGAUUUUGGACUGGACAGUCACAGCAGUCCCUCACCCCCUACAGACCACAUCCCAUUUGCAUCCAGAGAGAGACCACCCAAGCCCAAUCGUGGUCAGCAAAGGGAAGGAAGUGCUGGCAGGAAAUUGUCUAAAUUCUGUCACGAGUGUGGAACCAAAUACCCAGUGGAAAAUGCCAAGUUUUGUUGUGAAUGUGGAAUGAAGAGACUUUACAUUGAUUUUACAUAA